AUGAACCCAUCACUUCAACCAACAUCUGUACAAAAGCAAUUAAAAGAAGAUUGGGAUAAUAGAUUAUUUAUCCAAGUUGUUUCAGAUAAUAUUAAAAGUAUAUCAUCAUUUCUAGCAAAAUUUGAACUUUCUUGUCGUUCAAAGUUAGCUGAUCUAAAUGACAAAAUUUGUAUUAUUGAAAAAAAAGUAGAAUUUCUAGAAGCAUCUGUAUCAAAAAGGGAAACAUUAAAUUAA